GCCAGCGGGAAUACCGCUCCAGUCACAUGUGGAAGGAUUCUGUCAGGAAACCACCAACUCCUGUUUGCUCUGGUGGACAAACAGCUCGGCCGCUGCGAUGGCCGCGCUGCUCGGAGUCGCGCUGUUUGUCCCGCAGGCCCUCGCACAGGGUCACCCGUAUCUUCUGAACGUCUGACUGGCUCCCACUGUUGGACACAAUGGUUCUGGACGACCUACCAAAGCUGGGAGAUACAUGUGCCUCCUUGUACUCCUCGGCUAUGGAAGACUUAGAGGUGGAUUUGGAUUCAGGACUGGAGGAAGACGAACUGAAACAGGAGGCUGCUCCUGAGGACUCCACGAUCUUUGUAGCUUUUAAAGGAGAUAUAGAGGAUAGAGACUUUGAACAGAAACUGAGCGUUAUACUGGAGAAUGUACCUGGCCUUCUACAUAUGGAAUCCAACAAGUUAAAGCUGCAGAAAAUAGAGCCUUGGAACAGCGUGCGCGUCACCUUUAACAUACCGCGCGAAGCUGCGGAGCGGCUGCGCAUCCUGGCUCAGAAUAACAACCAACAGCUUCGUGAUCUGGGGAUUCUCUCUGUUCAGAUUGAAGGGGAAGGUGCUAUCAAUUUAGCUCUAGCUCAAAAUAGAAGCCAAGAUGUCCGAAUCAAUGGGCCCCUGGGAGCAAACAACUCAGUACGAAUGGAAACUGGAUUUCCCAUGCAAGGGGGACAAGGUUUGAUAAGAAUGAGCAAUGCUGCAGCUGUUAUGAUGUCCCAGAGUGGAAGCAUGCCAUCCUCUAUGGUGGCAGGUGGUGCUGGUACAGAGCUGCAGCCAAGAACACCUCGACCUUCCUCACAGCCAGAUGCAAUGGACCCACUUUUAUCUGGGUUAAAUAUCCAGCAGCAAAAUCAUCCAUCUGGAUCUUUAGCUCCGCAACUCCAUUCAAUGCAAUCAGUUCCUGUAAACAGGCAAAUGAACUCAGCCAACUUUCAGCAACUACAGCAACAAACACAGUUGCAGACACGUCCUCCCCAGCCACAUCAGCAGCCACAGCAGGGUAUUCGACCUUCGUUUACUUCACCGGCACAGGUUCCGGUUCCCCCUGGCUGGAACCAGCUUCCUUCAGGAGCACUUCAGCCUCCUCCAACCCAGGGAGCACUGGGUACCUUGACAGUAAACCAGGGUUGGAAAAAGGCCCCUUUACCUGGACAAAUGCAACAGCAACUUCAAGCAAGACCAUCUCUAGCCACAGUACAAACUCCUACUCAUCCUCCACCUCCAUAUCCUUUCGGAAGCCAGCAAGCUUCCCAGGCUCACUCAAACUUUCCCCAAAUGAGCAAUCCUGGCCAGUUUACUGCUCCUCAAAUGAAAAGCCUUCAGGGAGGGCCCUCACGCGUUCCUACACCACUACAACAACCCCACUUGACCAACAAGUCUCCUGCUUCCUCUCCCUCCUCCUUCCAGCAGGGAUCUCCUGCAUCAUCUCCAACAGUUAACCAGACGCAGCAGCAGAUGGGACCAAGGCCUCCCCAAAGUAGCACGCUUCCCCAGGGAUUUCAGCAGACUGUCAGUUCUCCUAGUCGUAAUCCUAUGGUGCAACAGGGGAACGUACCCCCCAACUUCAUGGUGAUGCAGCAGCAGAACCAAGGUCCACAAGGUUUACACCCUGGCUUAGGAGGAAUGCCCAAGCGCCUCCCUCCCGGGUUCCCUGCAGGCCAGGCUAACCAGAGCUUCAUGCAAGGUCAGGUGCCUUCCACAGCACCAGGAACACCAGUGAACAGUGGAGCUCCACAGCUACAAACCAGCCAAAAUGUGCAGCACACAGGUGGCCAAGGAUCUGGGCCUCCUCAAAAUCAGAUGCAAGCACCGCAUGGCCCACCAAAUAUAAUGCAGACCAAUUUAAUGGGACUUCAUGGAAAUAUGAACAACCAGCAGGCUGGUGCUAGCGGAGUGCCACAAGUUAACAUGGGCAACAUACAAGGACAGCCUCAACAAGGACCACAGUCUCAGCUUAUGGGAAUGCAUCAGCAAAUUGUAUCCUCUCAAGGACAGAUGGUAAAUAUUCAGGCUCAGGGAUCGAUGAACCCUCAGAACCAGAUGAUACUUUCUCGAACUCAGCUCAUGCCGCAAGGCCAAAUGAUGGUAACACCACAAAAUCAAAAUCUUGGUCCUUCACCCCAAAGGAUGACCCCACCCAAACAGAUGAUUUCCCAGCAGGGACAACAGAUGAUGUCUACACACAAUCAGAUGAUGGGACCUCAAGGUCAGGUCUUGUUACAGCCAAACUCAAUGAUGGAACAGAUGAUGACCACUCAAAUGCAGGGAAAUAAACAGCCUUUUAAUACACAAAACCAGUCCAGUGUUAUGUCGGGGCCAGCUCAACUGAUGAGAGGACCAACCCCAAACAUGCAAGGCAACAUGGUGCAGUUCACUGGGCAGAUGAUGGCUCAACAAGGCCCUGUGAACGGUAACCCUUCUCAGGUUAUGGGAAUACAAGGGCAAGUUUUAAGACCUACUGGGCCUGGCCCCCACAUGUCUCAGCAACUUGGGGAUACUACUACUGCAACAAGUAGUGAUGUGAACGUGACACAGAUGUUACCUGAUGUUCCCGUGCAGCAGUCUAACAUGGUGCCUUCCCAUAUGCAAGCAAUGCAAGGAAGCAGCAGUGCUUCGGGGAGUCAUUUCUCUGGCCACGGUCUGCCGUUCAAUUCCGGGUUUAGCGGAACGCCAAAUGGGAAUCAGAUUUCCUGUGGACAGAAUCCUGGUUUUCCUGUCAAUAAGGAUGUCACGCUCACAAGCCCGCUCUUGGUGAACCUUCUACAGAGCGAUAUAUCAGCAGGACACUUCGGUGUGAACAACAAAACAAAUAGUCAGAAUGCCAGUAAGCCAAAGAAGAAGAAGCCUCCAAGGAAAAAGAAAACUAAUCAACAACUGGAACAAACAAACUCCUCAGAACCGCGCGCGGGCGGCCUGGAGGAGAGCGAUCAGUCAUCAACGUCCGGAGAUCAGGGAAUCAGCCUAGACAGCUCAGGCCCUAAACUUUCAGACUUUGGCAGCAGGCCACCAGGUUAUCCUUCUCAGCCAGUGGAACAAAGACCACUUCAGCAGAUGCCACCUCAACUCAUGCCACAUACCCAGCAGCCACAGCAGCUGCAACAGCAGCCACAGCUGCCUCCACAGCAAGCUCAGGCACCACCACAAACACCGCAGCAACAGCAACAAAUGAUGAUGAUGCUUAUGAUGCAGCAGGACUCCAAAUCAGUCAGGCUUCCCGUACCACAAGGAGUUCAUCCACCUCGAGGGCCUCUGAAUCCAGAUGCCCAAAGAAUGCCCAUGCAGCCGAGUGGUAACAUGCCAGUAAUGGUCAAUCUACAGGGCCCUGGAUCUGUGCCUCUGUCUCCUGAUAAACAGAGAAUUUCCUUGCCAAGCAAUCCUUCUCUGGGAAAUAAUGCAAGAAAAAUGGUUUAUCAAGAUAAUGUACAGAAUCCUUCCAGCUCGCCUCUGGGAGAAGUUUCAUCAGUAUCCUCCCUUCCAGAAGGAGGUGGAACUGAAGGCACCACAGCAUCAGGAGCUCAGAAUAAUUUGACAUCUCAUUUAGUAGUUUCACAGAACCAAUUAAUGAUGACGGGAGCCAAACCUGGACCAUCCCCACUUUCAACCACCCAAGGCACAAGUCCUCAACAGCAAUCUAAUUCUCUGCCUGGCUCCCUUGCACACCAUUUUCCUAAUGUUGCUACCCCAUCACAAACUUCAAGGCCUAAAACCCCAAACAGAGCAAGCCCAAGGCCAUACUAUCCUCAGACUCCUAAUAACCGCCCACCUAGCACAGAACCCUCAGAAAUAAGCCUGUCUCCAGAGAGACUCAAUGCUUCUAUAGCUGGUCUUUUCCCUCCCCAAAUUAAUAUUCCUUUACCUCCCAGGCCUAAUCUCAGUAGAGGAUUUGAUCAGCAGGGUCUUAAUCCUACUACUUUGAAGGCCAUUGGACAAGCCCCAUCAAAUCUCACAAUUAACAAUCAGUCUAGUUUUGCUGCUCCACAGUCACAUAAAUUGGAAAGCGUUGUUAAUUCAGGAAAGCAAACAAAUGCUGGAGGAACAAAGAGAGCAAGUCCAAGCAGUAGUCGAAGGUCCAGUCCUGGAUCCAGCAGGAAAACAACACCAAGUCCUGGUAGACAGAAUUCAAAGGCAGCAAAGUUGUCGUUGACUACUCCGCAGAAUCCAUCUCUCUUGCAGAAUGUAGAUGUGCAGAGGAACAUAAUGGUUGGUCCUGCUUCUUUGCCAACACCUGUUACUUCAAGUUUUCAAAAUAGUACCGUGCUAAGUAAUCAGAGUCCUGCAGUUUCUGCACCUGCUAUGACUGGCAUUCCUGAAGACAAUAAAGAGAGUCUCAGUGUUCCUCAAGAUAAUGAAUGUCAAAGUGCACAAAUUGUCCAAGGUAACAAAGACCAGCCCAGCAUUGAACUAAAAGGUAUCCCUACUCCAGAAAUAAAAAUGUUGGUUCCAGAGGAGCAGUCAAAAAAAGAUGGGCAGGCCUUAGACGUGGGUAAGCUUCCAGUUCUGGAGGAAAGUAAAACCAUGGUAUCUGCGGCUAUGAGGGAAGCACCAACUUCUUUAAGCCAACUUCUUGAUAAUUCUGGAGCUCCUAAUGUAACCAUUAAGCCCCCAGGACUGACAGGUCUUGAAAUGGCACCAGUAGUCACCACUGUGGAGGAGAUAAAAAAGGUAGCUGUCAUUCCUCCACUGCAAGAUGCAUCUUCUAGCAAAGAGCCAUCUAAUUCACAUAGUUUCCCUCAAAGUAAUGAGCCCUGUUCAAAUCCAGGGCAUCAGGAACCGGGGGAAAUAAACUCAAAUGUUACACAGAGUGUUCCCCCAGUAAUGCAAAGGCCUGUCACUUCUUCUAUUUCAGCUCCCUUACCGCCCAACCAGAUAACAGUUUUUGUAACUUCAAACCCCAUUACAUCUUCUGCUAAUACAUCAGCACCGUUGCCAUCUCACUUGCAACCUGCAUUAGUGUCUACUGUUGUCACAAUGCCUAACGUAGGAAACAAAGUUAUGGUUUCUGAGGGACAGUCGGCAGCUCAGUCUAAUGCACGGCCGCAGUUCAUUACACCUGUUUUUAUAAACUCUUCCUCAAUAAUUCAGGUUAUGAAAGGCUCUCAACCAAGUACGAUUCCCACAGCCCCGAUGACAUCCAACUCUAGCCUGAUGCCUCAGUCAGUUGCAGUUGUGGGCCCGUUACAUAUACCACAGAACAUCAAGUUCUCCUCUGCACCUGCUCCUCCUAGCACAUCCUCUAGCAGCCCUGCUCCUAGUAUUCCCACGAGCAGGCCACUCGUUCUUAAUCCCUUGGCACCCCCUGUUCAGCUGCCUUCUCCUGCUACAACUUCUUCAAAUGUUCCUUCACAUCUUCCUGCUCAGCCAGCAAAAGACUCGAGCCCCGAAGAAGCUGCUUCUCAGAGCAGUGGGUCAAAUGACCAGUGCCCCGUUACAGCCACGCAGCCUGGACCCGUGGUUUCACCUCUUCUAAGCAGUAGUCCAGGGCCCGGGAACAGACGAAGUCCUGUUUCUUCUAGUAAAGGAAAGGGAAAAGUAGACAAGAUUGGCCAACUCUUGCUGACAAAAGCGUGCAAGAAAGUCACUGGCUCCCUUGAGAAAGGGGAAGAGCAGUACACCUUGGAUGGAGAAACAGAAGGUCAGGGGCUGGAGACAUCAGUCCCAAGCAACUUGGGAACAGAGCAGUCACCAGCAGAACUGGACAAUAAAACUGUGACACCUCCAGUACCCAGUCUUACAAAACAGAGCACUUCUGGGCCUGGCAAUGUGAGCGUUAGCACUGCUGCUGCUGUUUCUGCUUCUGUAUCUCCAAGCUUAUCAACAAGCACUCCUCCUACAAGUGCACUGUCAGCUGUAACCACUCCAGCAAUCCCAGAGCUCGCACCUGCAACACCAAGUACAAACGGCAGUAACCAUGGCAGCUUACCGGCUGAGCAGGCUGGGGGUGGUUUGGUGGAGGACAAAACAGGCACACAUCAGGAACUGCUGCAAAACACGGGAGGUGCUCCUGUGAAGAAGGAGUGGUGUCCCUUCCUUCUAUGAUGUCAUCUGCAAACUUUUGAGGGUACGCUUGAUCUUAUCAUCUGUGUCAUUGAUGAUGUUCAAGAGCACUGGUCCCGGGAUAGAUCCGUGGAGGACAACCACUGAUCACAGGCCUCCACUUGGACAUAGGGCCAUUGACCACGACCCUCUGGCUACGACCAUCCAACCAAUUCUUUAUCCACCAAAUAGUCCAGCCUUCAAAUUCAUAUCUCUGCAAUUUAGAGAUAAGGAUGUGGCGUGGGACCAUGUUGAAGGCCUUGCAGAAAUCCAGGUAGACAACGUCUGCUUCCCUUCCUUUCCUUCCUGUCCACUGAUGUUGUCACUCAAUCACAGAAGGCAACCAGAUUGGUCAGACGCAGGCUGUGCUUCGUGAAGCUGUGCUGGCUGUCUCGGAUCACCUUCUCAGCUUGCAUGUGCCUUAACAUCUCUUUUAGGAGGAUCCACUCCGUGACCUUCCCAGCCACGGACAUAAAGCUCACCAGCCUGUUGUUUCCUGGGUCUUCUUUUCUCCCUUUAUUAAAAAUGGAAGUGAUGUUUUCUUUUUUCUGGUUACCAGGAACCUUGCUUGACAGCCGUGACUUUUCAAAUAUGAUGGCGAGACACUUGGCAACUGCAUCAGCCAGCUCCUUCAGAGCCCUAGGAUGCGUGUUGUCUGGCCCCACAGACUUGCACACAUUCAUAUUCGUGAGGUGGUUUCAGACUUGCUCCAGUCUUACAGUGAGAGGGAUUUUGUUCACCUGAGCCCUGCCUAGAAGUUCAGGAACACAAGAGGCACGGGAAGCCUGACUGGGAAUGAAGACCGAGGCCAAGAAUCUUUAAGUACCUCAACCUUCUCUGUAUCUGAAGAAGCCAGUUCUUUCUCUCAUUUAUCAGAAUGGGUAUGCUCUCUGUUGUUUUCUAAGACCAAUGUAUCUCCAGUCUUUUAAGACCCUUGUUAUUUUUUACAUCACUUGCCAAGUGGAAUUCCAUCUAUGCUUGAAUUUUCUUGAUGCCAUCUCUGCACAUCUGUAUAGUAUCCCUAUACUCUUUCCAGGCCGUCCAUCCCCGCUUCCACUGCUUGUAUUAUUCCUUCUUUUCCUUCAAUUUUACCAUUCCCCUUUGCUCGGCCAUGAUGAUUUUCUGUCUCCUCUCCCUGAUUUCUUCUGCUGGAGGAUGGAGAGCUCUUGUGCUCUCAGAAAGGUAUCCUUAAAGUGCUGCCAACUCUGUUCUAUUCCUUUGUCCCUAAGGGCAGUUUCCUAUGGGAUCUCUUCCAGUAAUUCCUUAAACAGCCUGAAGUUCACUCUGCUGAAGUUCAGGAUUCUGACUAGACUCUUUGCCCAGCCCGCAUUCUUUGAGAUCCUGAACUCAACCAAAGCGUGGCAGCUACAUCCCAGGCUGCUUCCAGUCGGAACCUCUUUAAUGAUUUCUUCUGUUUUGGUGAGCCCCAGAUGCAGUAGUACUUCAGUGCUGGUUGGCCUGUCCGAUGCCUGAGCCAGGAAUUAUGUCAUCAGCACACCCCAGGAGUCUCUUGGAUUGUUCGCAGCCCGCUCUGCUGCUUUGCCAUCAGACAUUCAAGUGGUUGAAAUCUCCCAUCAGGAUAAGAGCCUGUGAGAGCGGUGGCUCUUGGAGCUGACGCACGAAGGCCUCAUCCACAGGCUGCAUCUGAUCAGGUGCCCAUAGCAGACCCAGCCACCAGAUGUCCUUUAUUGGUCCGGUCCCAUAUUUUCACCCACCAGCUCUCUGCAUGAGCACGGCUGUUUCCCAGAGGCAGCUCUUUGUACUCUGUCCGCCUCUUAACAUAGAGGGCGAUGCCCCUGCCCCCUCCUACCUUGUCUGUCUUUUCUGAAAAGCCUGUUGCCCUCAAUCAUAGUAUUCCAGUUGUACAAAUGAACCCAACGCAUUUCUUGAUUGCACCACGGCUUCCAUCCCCUCCUGCUGAUUUCCCCUGCUGCACACAUCUGUGCAGAGGCAGCUCUGCUGGGCUAUUGGCCUCACUGCCUUUUUGGAGGAGCCCUUGCAAAAAUCUCUGGGGGAAAUCUGAGGUGUUCCCCCACAGCUUCCUGAAGUGGCAGUGUUCCCUGAUUCUUCUCUGUGCAUCAGGAGUACGUUCCCUGCACCCAUCGAAUCUAAUUUAAAGCUCUAGUAAUGAGCCCUGCCAGGUUGCCCCUCCUGGUCAGGUGUAUGGAUCUGCUUUGGUCUUCUCAGAGUCCUUUAACAUAUAUAAUUUACUUAAAUAUAUAGACUUAAUUCUGAUAUUGGGUGUUAAUCCUAUUAAUACAAGUUCCCUCCAAUGGGAACCUUCAUCUUCUAGAGAAAUAGCUGAACUCUAGCAAAAUAAGUAAAUAAAUAAAUUAUGCACAGGGAAAAAUGAAAAUGUUCUUUUCAGAGAGAUACUUAGAAGUUCAAUUAUGUCUCAAUUGUGUGUUGUAACACAAAAUCUCCUCAUUUCUACCUUGUUUCCUUUAUAAUUUUACUUUUAGCAUUGACAGACUUUAUUCAUGACAUCACUGCUUGCUCUUGAUGCCAUUUUAACCUGUUGGAAGCAAUGUGGAAAUAAGUCAUCACUCUUAAAGUAAUUUGAAUAUCCAUUGUGCUUUAUAUUGUCAGUUUAGACAAGGAUUUUGUCUUUUGGAAGACAAAAGCAUGGAAAAUAGGUCCCACAUAAAUCAGUGCAAACGAGCUUCAAUUUAAGCCUAAAUUUUCCCUGGGGCUCGUUGUGUGCCGUAGCUGUAUGCUGCCAGAAGGUGGAAAUGCUGCCUUUGAGCUUCACAGAAGGAAUUAUGCUUUCUUAGAAGAAAAAGUUAUUGGCAGGAGCAGCGUGAUGUAAGUCUGUACAGCAGUCUCAAAGCAGGAAGCAGUGAUAGCACUUUCCAAAUGCUCUCGCUGCUUCUUGGUGUGUAAGAAAAAAAUAGAUGUCCCUACCUUCAGCAUCAGUAGUGGGGAUUCAUUUAUUCUCAAGUCUGAAGCAAGCUGUUCCGACUGCAGAGGGCUGCGUUCUCUUCAGAUGUGGGACAGUGAUGCAGGCAUCUGAAUGUACGUGUGUUUUUACAAAUGGAAAGAAUAUUCUUUAUCUAAAUUGGAACCCUUAUGUGUCUGUGUUCUUGCUAAGUUCAUGAUCACACCCAAAAGAAGACUGGAAGGCAUUUGUGUAACAGGUAUUGGUUUAUUAUAUUAUUUUUAACAAGGCAACCUAAAAAAAAUGUCGAGUCAUGAUAUCGUAUUGACUGAGGACAUCCUGGGAGCCUCUGGGAGCAGCUUGCACUUCUGCAUGUUAAUUGAAGGUGAUGGUAUCCAUUCACUAACAACGAUGCUGUUUUUCCUCAAGACUUCUGCUGAAACGAGCGUGAAGCUGAGGGAUGCAAAACAGAGACCUCUUUUAGGUCUCUCUUUAGUUUCUUGGUCCAGUGGCAAAACACUGCCCUUAAAAAUACACUUGAUGAUAUUUAGCUGCAUCACUUAAGUGUUUUGGGAAAACCUGCUUGGGGUAGGUUGGCUGAUGGUUUUAGGUGUGAGAGGUUUUUGUUGUUUGUUUUUAAACUGAGGAGCUGG